AGAGAGAAAGCACUAUAGUCAUCUUUCUUACCUUAGAUUAAACUCUCUCUCUCUACGGCUCCGGUGAAAUAAUCCGAUUCCGGCCGAUCAGUUACAAAGGGUUAGUCUCAGAAAUAAGAUCGAUCCAAGAAUAAUCCGAGGAUAUUGAAUAAUAUUAUGGAGAGAAUAAGUGGUGGUGAUUUGUUUAGUAGGGGUAGUAACACUGAUCAAUUAUCUCAUGUCCCACAACAAAGUAGACGUGACAAAUUAAGAGUUCAACAAUCAAACCAACUUCAUCAUCAUCAACAACAACAUUUCAAUUUCGACCCAACUUUUCUUUCUUCAGAAAUGAUCAGUUUUUCCAAGAAUAAUAAUAACAACCAACCAAAUUCAGGUGAUCAGGUUAUUAAUAACUACUUGGAGGCAAUGGUCAUGUCAGGAAACGAGCUUGCUCUUCUCCCAAAUUUCCCUAAUAAUAAUAAUAAUAACCAAUCAAUAACUACCACAUUAUUGCCUAAUAAUAAUAAUUUACAAGGUCUUUCUCUUUCACUCUCUUCUUCAUCAAAUCCUCCUCCACCUCAUCAUGAUCAAACUAAUAAAAUAUUAUUAUCAUCUUCAACUUCUUCUUCUUCUUCUUCUGCUUAUAUGGGUUCCAUUUCAAACCCGUAUAGGAAUUCGGGUCCACUCGGGCCGUUUACGGGUUACGCUACAAUUUUAAAGAGUUCCAAAUUUUUAAGACCUGCCCAGCAAUUGUUGGAUGGGUUUUGUUGUGGGUCCAAUCAAGAUCAUCCUAUCAUCAAUGCUAGAACUACUACUACUACUGAUAAUGUUUCUGUUGGUAUUUCGGGUUCGGGUUCGGGUGGUUCUAAUAAUUAUGAGAUUAUUAGUAAUAUUGGAGGAGAACAUCAACAACAACAACAUAAAAAAGCUAAGCUCCUUUACAUGCAAGAAGAGGUUAGCAAAAGGUACAAGCAAUACUGUCAACAAAUGGACAUGGUGGUAUCCUCAUUCGAAUCGGUCGCCGGCCUCAGUUCAUCAACGCCAUACGUGUCGUUAGCCCUAGAAGCCAUGUCUCAACAUUUUCGGUGUCUUAAAAUGGCGAUUUCGGAUCAAUUAAAACACACAAGGAGAGCCUUGGGAGAAGAAAUAAUAUUGUCAUCAUCAUCAUCACCUACAAGUAACAAUAAUAGUAAAGAUAAUCAUCAUCAAAGGCUAAAAUAUAAUAAUAGCAUCAACAUGGAUUAUCAUGAAAUAAGUUUCCAAAAGCACAUGAAUAAUAAUAAUAAUAAUAACAACAAGUCAAGUAGUAAUAGUAAUAGUGGGCCAAAUAAGUUGAUGAUGAGUUUCCAACAAGAACAACAACAACAACAACAACCAGUUUGGAGGCCCCAAAGAGGCCUACCAGAACGUUCUGUGGCUGUUUUAAGAGCCUGGCUCUUUGACCAUUUUCUUCACCCGUACCCUACUGACACAGACAAGCACAUGUUGGCUAAUCAAACGGGUCUAACACGAAACCAGGUAUCAAACUGGUUCAUUAAUGCUCGAGUUAGAGUUUGGAAGCCUAUGGUUGAAGAAAUCCACACCCUUGAAACCAAAGGCACAUUGACUAAUAAUACUACUUCUAAUACUACAACUACAGAUCAUGAUCAUCAUGAUCAUCACCAUCAUCAUACAAUUAGUAAUAUUAUUAAAAACCAUAAUGAUCAUGAUGAUGAUCAUAAUGAUGAGCAGAAUUCAACCAAGGUUGUUGGUCAUUUGAUUAAUAAGGAAUUGGAAUAUUGUAGUGGAACAUCCUACUCAACAUCACUACCAUACCUUAAUAGAGACCAAAUAUCUCAAGGUAGUCAUCAUCAUCAUCAAGAAAAGAGGUCGAGAUUGGACGGUCAUGAUCAUGAUGAUGAUGAUCAAGUUCAAACACUUGUGGGGUUUGUGCCAUACCAUCGAACUGAGCUUCAAGUUUGGAGUAGUCAUAAUGCUCCACAAUAAACCCAACCAAACUAUUAUUACAUAAUCUCAAUGUAUAGUAGUAGAACUACAAUUAUGCUAGCUAGAUAGCUACUAAUUAUUAUAAUUAAUAAUCAUAAUUAUUUUUUACUCUUUAAAUUAAGCUGUUUUGUGCGACCAAAUAAAAUUAUUUUGUCAUCUA